ACACGACCCUAGUCCCUGUAUCAAGAUCAGCCCCUCGGUCUAUUAUACAACCAGCCCUUGCUUUCUUGCUGUUGGAUAUCUUAUAGGUUCUGUUUCAACUCAUGGCAGUAGACAAAGCUAAAUUUGAGACGUCGCCCCCUGUUGCUAGGGCAGUCUGUAUCCUGGCCAGCAGCGAUGAUGUCAAAGGAACAAUCGAGUUUAUUCAAAACGAACAAGGCAUUACAAAAGUGACUGGUAAGGUCACAUCUCUAGCUCCUGGGGAUCAUGGUUUCCAUAUUCAUCAGUUUGGAGAUUAUACAUCUGGUUGUGUCAGUGCUGGCUCUCAUUUCAACCCAGCUGGUAAGAAUCAUGGCGGACCCAGAGAUGGCGAGAGACACGCUGGUGACCUUGGGAACAUCACAUCCACUGGAGGGGACACUAAAAUUGAGUUGUACGAUGAUCAGAUUCCACUGACUGGUCCUAACAGUAUCAUUGGACGAUCAGUUGUGGUACAUGCUGAUCCUGAUGAUCUUGGUAAAGAUGGUCAUCCUGACAGUCUGACUACUGGUCAUGCUGGAGCUCGUCUGGCCUGUGGCGUGAUUGGUAGCACCAAAUUACAAUAAACAACAACAACAAACAACAACUUUAUUUAGUGAUGUGAAACCUUUCCAUUUAUGUAGUGAUUUUGCUGUUUAAUUAAAGAAAUGAUUGUUACUUAUAGAGAUACAUCA